ACUCACAUCGUCCCAUUGACACCUAGCUGAUCGUACCGCUCCUCUCAACAUGACCUACAGCUGCUGUUCUGGAAGCUUCUCCUCUAGAUCCUAUGGAGGUCAACUGUGCUACCCCUCCUCCUGUGGCUUUUCCUUCCCACGCCAACUGACCCAAAGAACUAACUUCUGCUCUCCCAGAAACUGCCAUCUGGGUUCCUCUUUCCGUCACGGCUAUCAUCAGAACUGCUUCCAGCCCAUCAGAUGCCAGACUUCCCAUGUGGUGCACAGCUCCUGCCAGCGUCCCUGCUACCGUCCAAGUGUGUCCAGCUUCUGCAGUCCUUGUAGGGCCACAUAUGCUGGCUCUCUUGGUUUUAGGUCCAGCAGCUGCCAUUCCCAGGUCUAUGGGUCAAGGAGAGUCUACACUUCAGGCUGUGGCUCUAGCUGCUUUAGACCUGUGAGUUACCGAGUCUGUGGCUAUCCGUCUUUUGGUUAUGGAUCUAGAUCCUGUCACCCAACCUAUGUGACUUCUAGAAACUUCCAGUCUUCUUGUCACAGACCCACCUAUGGAUCAACCAAGUGGAGAUCAAGUUGCUGAAUUUCCUGAUUAUAAACGAAUUGUCUGAGUUAACCUAGUGCUAAUAUCAUAGGGUUUAAAGACAAGUUCCAUCCAACUAAGAAAUGACAGAAUAACCAAAAUAUAAAUUCAAAUGUCUUUCAAAAUUGAGCAAUUACCUAUUCAUAAAUUCUUGGAGCGUGUAUGGGAGUUCAGUUAUAUUUGACCUAAUAAACUUAUUUAUCCUU